AUGGAGGGAGUGCAAGUUCAAGUCCAAGGCAACCGCCAAGAUCUGCAUGCAGCGGAUCACAGCAACCAGAAUCUGAUCGGAAAAGAAGUGAUGAGGAACGAUUUCGGAGAAGAUGGAGACGCCGCUGAUCUAUGGCUUGAUAACGAGCAAGGCUCUCUUCUCGCUGACGUCAACGGCGGAACUGCUUCCAUCUUCUGCAAUGACUUCCCUCCUCUGCCUGAGUUCCCUUGCAUGUCGUCUUCCUCUUCGUCUUCAUCGACUUGGGUGCCGGUGAAGACCAUGUCGUCGUCUUCCUCCGCGUCUUCGUCUUCUUCCGCCGCUUCCUGGGCAGUUCUGAAGUCGGAUGCGGAGGAUAAUCGUAUUCCAGAUUUUCAGCAGCAACAAGAACACAACAACAGUCACUACUUUCAUAAUGAGUCGGCUGAUGCACAUCCGGCGGGGGCUUUGUCCUCCACCGCCUCGAUGGAGAUCUCUCAGCCGUCGGAUCUCGGAAUGGAUUGCAUGGACAUGAUGGAGACUUUCGGGUACAUAGAUAUGUUCGAAGGCAACGAGUUCUUCGACCCUUCUUCCAUUUUCCAAAACGAAAGCCCAAUGAUGGACCAGUUCCAAGCGCAGGAGCAACCUAACCAGCAACAACAUGCAGAGAACCAAACUCCACAUCCACAAGAGGACAUGGUUAUGGGAGAUCAGGAUAACAAGGUCCCCGAGGACGAUAUGGCUUCUGUGUUUUUGGAGUGGCUGAGGUCAAACCGUGAGACUGUUUCGGCCGAGGAUUUAAGGAGCGUCAAGAUCAAGAAGUCAACAAUCGAGUGCGCGGCGAGGCGGUUGGGUGGAGGCAAAGAGGCGAUGAAGCAGUUACUCAAACUGGUGCUAGAGUGGGUUCAAACUAAUCAUCUCCAAAGGAGGCGCGGUACCAAAGACUCUGGGAUGCAACAGUAUACAGUAGACCCAAUUCCAAACACCAACCCUAACCCUAACCCUACGCAAAAUCCUCCCAUACCAUCGCCGUGGAUGGCGUCUCCCCAGUAUGAUGCGACAGGUCCUGUUGUAGUCCCUACUACGUCACAGGCGGGGUAUCCGUCCACUCCGAUGAUGGGGUUUAUGGGUCAGGACCCGUUUGGAAACGGGCCGGGUUAUCAGCAACCAAAUUCAGAUCAAUACCAGCAUCAAAUGCUGGAGACUGCACCAUCUUGGCCGUCUUCAUCUCCAUUUAUGGGCAACAAGUAUGGAUCUUUCCCUGAUAGUAAUGUCCAACUGGCACAGACUCAGCAACAGUUCUCCGGUUACGGAGGGCAGUUCAAUCAGUAUCAGUAUUUUGGAGGGCAGUCAAGUGAGCCGCAGCUGGUGAGGAUAGGGUCCUCAGCAACUAAAGAGGCUAGAAAGAAAAGGAUGCAAAGGCAAAGAAGGACUUUGGCACACUACCAUGGGAGGAAUCAUGGCCAUCAACAGAAUCAACAUCCUAAUCAUAUGCUGGUUGGGUGUGCUGAUCAUAAUUGCACUGCUGCUGCAAUGGGCAAUCCAUCUGCAGCUAACUGGUUCUAUUGGACUUCAGCAGCCACAGGUAGCCCUGCUCCUGCAGCCUCCCCAGCAAUGAUGCAAACUAUGGCUCCUGAGGCAGCAACACCGGUGCUUCCGGUUGAUCAUCCGGCCAGUCAAGGGCAGAAUUGUAAUCCAGGCUGGCUUAAUGCGCAGGAAAGACGGCUGGGAAUGAAAUCUGAGAAUAUGAACUUGAGGUUCCUUCUUCAGAAAGUAUUGAAGCAAAGCGAUGUGGGCAAUCUUGGAAGAAUUGUAUUGCCAAAGAAAGAAGCUGAAACCCAUCUGCCCGAACUAGAGGCAAGGGAUGGAAUUUCGAUUGCGAUGGAAGACAUCAGCACUUCUCGUGUAUGGAACAUGCGCUAUAGGUACUGGCCCAACAACAAAAGCAGGAUGUAUCUCCUUGAAAACACAGGAGAUUUUGUGAGGGCAAAUGGACUCCAAGAAGGGGACUUCAUAGUCAUCUAUUCAGACGUCAAGUGUAACAAAUAUAUGAUACGAGGAGUGAAGGUAAGGCAAGCGGGGACGAAAUCAGAGUCCAAAAGGCCAGGAAAGUCGCAGAGGAACCUGCAUGCAAGCACUCCAUCUGCCAACAAUGGUUCGUCAUCUAAGAAACAGUAA